AUGAAUAUCGCAAGAGGAGAAUUGGUGGUAGUAGACUCCACUGGUGGCCGCAUCAGCACCAUUCAUCUAACCACAGGAGUUCUUACUGACAUUAAAACAGGAGUUACCCAACCAGAAGGCGUAGCAGUAUCUGACGAUGGAAAUACGCUUUAUGUGUCGCAGUCUGCUGCUGGCAAGGUCGUGGCAAUCAACUUGAACGAAAAAACUGAAAGUGAUCUCGUAAGCGGCUUGUCCUCCCCGGCGGGAUUGUGCCUUUCUCUCGAUGGCGCGACACUUUAUGUUGCUGAAGCAGCUGCGAACAAAGUAUCGUCCAUUAACAUACGGACCCAAACAAAAACGGAUGUUGUAGGACAAGGAGCCACAGCGGACAUAGAACUGAACAACCCGCGUGCUGUCGCCGUUUCCCUAGACGGCGAGAUUUACGUCGCCGACGGCAACAGCGGGAACUCUAGACCGACAUUGUUUCUAGCAGACUCCACAAAGCACAUAAUCUGGAAGCUGGACUUGCAAACCCACCGCCUAGAGCAAAUAUUGGGAACAGGAACUAAAGGCUUCACUGGCGAUGGAAGAAUCAUCCCAGCCCCAGAGGCCGCUAUCGACAGCCCCACAGGAGUUGCAGUCGCCGAUCAGGGACAAGGACAGCCUGAAGUAACUGGGCGGUGCGCUGACGGCUACUACUGUCCUGAGGGGAGUGCCAAGACCAAUGCGGUGGCAUGCCCGCCGGGUCACUUCUGCAAGGCGCUUGAAAGUAAGAGUGUGCAGGUGAAGCCGGUGCAGGCAGCAGCAGCAUCAACAUCAGCACCAGCAGAACCGGAUUGUCCUUUGUUGAGGGCUUCCCCGAAAAUGCUGAGACGGCGAACUUCGCUGGGAAUCCUCUCUUCAUUCUCAGUGCAUUACUUCCACUCGGCUUCAUCAACCUACGUCGAGCUGUUCUCCGUGACAUCAAACAAGGAAUCUACGUACUCUCUCAAUUUUGGAGAGGUGGCUACUAGAAAGAUCAUGCUCACAACAUCGGAUUCCCAAGUUUAUCUGUCGGAAAUUCAGGUUUCUGGAACUAGUUCGCCUGGCCCCGCCGCUCCUACCCCUUGCCCUAAGGGCUGGUAUCAGGAUUUGAAGGCUCAAACAGCAUGCAAGAUAUGCCCUGAGGGAUAUUUUUGCGAGGACAGCACAGUUACGCCGUCAUCGAAGUGUCCCCCGGGUUACUACUGCCCCAAGGGGUCGUACAAUGGGCAUGAAUACCCAUGCCCCCUGGGAACUUACAAUAAACUAGGAGGUGCCAAAGGAGCGUCAGAAUGCCUGCCUUGUCCCGUAGGAAAAUACUGUGGCUCGCGCGGCCUAGAGGAACCAACAGGAGAAUGCUUAGCUGGCUAUUACUGCAAAGGUGGGGCGUGGUCGCCUGCUCCUCACCCCGAUGAGAAAAAUCCAGACGGAAUUCCCGGAUCAGCAGGCAGCCUAUGCCCGAUUGGCUACUACUGCCAAGAAGGAGCAGAGUCUCCAGAACCCUGCCAAGAGGGGACGAGCUCGUCAGUUGCCGGAGGCAAAGCGCAAAGCGACUGCCUGCCGUGCCAGCCUGGGCAGUACUGUUCAAGCACGAUGGGGACUGGGCUUUGCGCUGAGGGGUACUACUGUUCAGGCGGCAGUACAACAGCUACACCUACGGAUAAUACCCACGGAAACGUAUGCCCAGCCGGUUACUAUUGUCCGGAAGGAUCUUAUGUUGCGCAGGUGGGUUUGUUUGCGACGAUGCCGGGCUCGCUCGCCCUUCUGCACUAUGUCCUAGUGGCUUCGUCUGUGCCAGUGGAGCUCGCACGGAUCUACUGCCGCUACAUGUAUUUGGCGAGGACAGCGACGAAUACGGGUUGUGUCCCAUUGGUCACUACUGCCCAUCUGGGUCCUCUACGCCGACACCUUGUGCUCGUGGGACCUUCCAGGUGCGAGUUUCCCUUCUAUACUCCCCCCGCAUCUCUCCUUUUCGGUGCGAAAAAUCUCAUAAAGCUCCGCCAUGAAGCUCUUAGCAUGCUCUGGUCAUUGCCUUGGCUUAGGAUGGAGUUGGUGCACUGGACUGCAAAGCCUGUAGUCCAGGAUAUGCAUGCACAAAAGAAGGCCUAA